UCUCAUUUUCCCUUUUAUAUAUCACCCCACAAGAAACUUUCAGGCCAUAUCCUCCUCCUCCUCCUCGUCCCAUAUUUCUUCUUCAUCGUCGUCUCAUAUGUCCGUUUAACCCUAAACAGAUCAUCACAGAACAAAACUGCUCAGCGAUCCAUGGAUGGCUAUCAAAUCUUGUUCCCUCCAUCUUCUUCUUCAUCAGUAGCAGCAGCACCACCACCGCCAAUCUUUCCUUUUGCGCAGUAUAUCUACAAAAGUGCUCAAGAAUCUCACCAUGCUGGAUCAGAAAUGAUGAACCGCAGUAACGAGACAUGUUCGUCAUCCGAGGUUAAAGAUGAGCUCAUCAACCUUCACACGGGCGUGUCCCGGGGCGACGGAGACAAAGCCGGAGGCGACAAGAAGAAGGGGCCGCUGCCGCCGCCUCCAUCGGAGAAGAAGAAGACGAGGAAGCCGAGGUAUGCGUUCCAGACAAGAAGUCAAGUGGACAUACUCGAUGAUGGUUAUCGGUGGAGGAAAUACGGCCAAAAGGCUGUCAAGAACAACAAAUUCCCCAGGAGCUACUACAAGUGCACCUUCCAAGGGUGCAACGUGAAGAAGCAAGUCCAGAGGCUGACCAAAGAUGAAGGUGUGGUGGUGACAACCUACGAAGGCAUGCACACCCACUCGCUAGACAAGCCCACCGAUAAUUUCGAACAUAUCUUGAGCCAAAUGCAUAUUUACAAUCCCUUUUAGCGUUUCCAUGCAAAAGGAAAAGGGAGGAAAUUACGAAGAGGAAACGAAAAUUUAGGUCGGUAGCUUUGUGAAUUGCUUAAGUGAACGGUUGAGUUCAAGGGUUUCUUCAAGGGGGAAAAAAAUCAAGGUUGUGAUAGUUGGAAUUUCCAUUGAACUUUGUUGGCACAUUACAUAUUUGGUGUUUUAUGUAUCUAUCCAUGUGAUUAGUAAAUCGCAAUCUACUCAUGCAA